GCCCCCUUUGGCGCGAAGGUUUCUUGCACGAUGGCUGCCUGAUCGAUUACAUGGGCCAAGCCCACCAUCUGGCCGCUUGCGGCCCUGUGUUUUCGCAGGAUGCUCAUCUACCUCUUCCUCCUGCAUGGCGCUUGGGGCGUGUCGGUGUCUCUGCCGAAGCCGAGCGCGGCACGGCUCGAGGUGAUGUGCGAGGCAGAGGCCAAGUCCCGACACGAGCUGCUGCAGAGUUGGGUCGCGCGCAUUUGGCAGUCCGCGGAGGACAAAGAUGUGUCUCCCUCGCGCUUUCACGAAACCGACGCGGACGGCGAGGCAAGGCGCUACACGCUGCAGGUGGACACCGAGAAGCUGAGACGGGCGGCGGGUCCCGGACGGCGGCUGGUGGUCUCCUGGACCACCGGCGGGCCCAAGCGCUGGGCCAUCGCCCACAACCUGGCGCUCUCCGUGCGCCAGAACGCGCCUCAGCUCGAGAGGAUCUUUGUGUUCAUCGCCCUGGACCCCGACGCUGUGGCACGGGCGGAAGCGGCGGGCUUUCAGGCAGUUCUGAAUGAGAACUCGACCGACCUGCAAGAUGAUAUCUGGAAGAUGCGGUGGCUCAUUCUGACCACCUGCAUCUCUAUAGGCCUGGAGGUGUUGGUGGUGGACUCAGACAUCGUCUUCCUCGCCGACCCCUUCCAGCAGUUUUUCUUCGAUUCGGACCUCGAGGCGAUGACAGACCACUUCUUCCCGGCAGAACAGCUGUGGGCAACUUGGCUGCGACCUGCCGAACACAUCAACACCGGGUUUCUCUUCGCGCGCCCCUCUCGGCGGCUUUUGGAUUUUCUGACCGAGUUCAUCGAUCUGCACUACCACGCCUACGAGGGGCCCACGCUGCGAGACGGCAUGGACCAGAGAGUCUUCAACAAGUUUGUUAUGGGCAAGAUGGAGACAUUCCCUCCGGAGGUGCUGACCCGCUAUGAGAACCUCGCCUUCCCGGGCCUGGAUUGGCAGAAUCGCACCUCCCGCUUCACCCCGCGCUCCACCUGGCGCAUCGCACAAGCGACGGCGUUGGCGCGAUCUUUGAGGGCGAUCUCUCUGCGGAUUUUGGACCCAGUUUGUAUUUCCCACGGCAUGAACUACUUCUGGCGCAAGGCAUACAAGCUGGCUCGAUGUGGCGGAGUGCCAGGGGGCGCGCCUCCGGUGGUGCACGUGAACGGCGUGGACCCCAAGAUGUACUUUCUCCGUGACAGAAACCUGUGGUAUGUGGAUGACUGGGGCGAGCGCAUGAAGGACGCCUUCUUUCUGACCUACGAGCACCCCAGGGGCCUUUCUCUGGCGGAUGACUUCGAGGUGCUGGUGGCCGCUUUGGAACUGGCCGCCUACUUUCGCAGGAGAGUGGUGCUGCCAGAUCGCAUGAACUGCGCCAACAACCCGGCAUUCCACAUCUACAAGCUCAACGAAACGAUGGCGGAUGAGCCGGGCUGCACCUACGACUACUUUGCCCAUGCCAACGGCCUCUAUGAAGUUUACUCCAGGGUAAAGCCUUAUGCGAUCGAGGCCGGGGUGGCCCGGGACGCCCGAUUCGCCAAGUUGGCUUCGGCCAGUCUGCCGACGAUGCAGGAGCUGCAAGGCGGCGUUUUGCGGGAGCAGCUGCUGAGCCUGCAGGGCAACGCGUCGGCGGUUGCCUUCGGCCCUGCCAAGGUGCUGCGGAUCUCCGAGGAUGUCCGGCUGUUGCGGGACGGCCUGCGCAGCGGCCACUUCGGGCUGCGGAUGAACGCGGAGAAGGUCUUCAGCUGCGCCUAUCAGGAGCCUCUGAUCGGCGCCAUGGCGUGCUUGGACGAGCCCUACGUGGAGGAGUUCGGUGCAGAUGCCAUGUGCGACGCGGACAGCUUCGUCACAGGCUGCGGGCCGGUGGGCAUUUGCUGCUGCUGGCCCUUCUGGGGCUGGGGCGAGAAGCUGCAGUACUUCACGGGGGUCCCCUGGGACCUGCCCUGCAACUGCGGGCUGUCUCUUUGCGAGAACUUCCAGCGCUCCGAGGAGAGCUGCUGCCGCCACGCGGGCAGCACCGCGCUGUUUCCGGUCACGGACCCGGGGGUCUUCUACUGCAAGGGCAACGGGAGUUGGUCCGGGCCGACUGGCGCUGAGGACAGCAACACCUACACCUCCCAAGCCCUCAUCGAGUUCGCCAGUUCCAAGCGAACCGCCGCCCAGAGCUUUGAGACCUGCAGCCGGGAUCGCUUGCUGCGGCGGGGCGGCGCAUUCCGCGAGACCUCCUUGCGAGAGUGCAAUCUGCAGUUCAGCGCGUACCUCUUGCGCCGGUCCAUGUGGCCGCAGCUGCGCACUUGGCUCGCCUGGGUCUUUGAAGAACGCCGCGGCUUGGGCAACUCCUCGAAGCUCAUUGCCAGCAUGGAGGGUACCUUGGCCACAGACAACACCGGCUUCUCCGCUGAGAAGCUGGCGCACGACGUAGACCAGCUGAACUACAUCGCAGCAGGAGGCGGUGAUAUUCCCCCGGAGGCGCUGCGCGCCUUCCGGCAGCUCUCGACGACCUUCAAGGAGUUUCAGGCGGGCGGCGCCCGCCGUGCUGUGGAAGAAGACUUUGCCCAGGUACGGGCCUUUUUCAACCGGGCGCUCCACGUGCCGGACUUCUCAUUUGAGCUCUCCCGCCUGGGCGACAUGACGGCCUUCGAUAUGUCAGGUGCGGCUGCCUCGCUCGAAUUGGAAGGCUUCACCUUCGUGAAGCAAGCUCUCACGGCAGAAGCGCUGGAUGUGGUGGGGCGUUGGUUGAGCCGCUCCACGGUUUUCUUCCAGCCGUCCGGCGGCGGCGUCAAGGCGCAGCUGAGGGACGGGCUCCACGAGGUGGGUCUCAGUCUGGCGCAGGAGCUGCAGCGCAAGGUGCCGGCUCUACGGCGCCAACCGCUGUUGGAUAUCGUGGCCUAUCGUGGCGCCGGGUUGCCCUGGCACUGUCCUGACGGCGUUCUCACGGUGCUCCUGAGCCUCGGGGAUCUUUCGGACAGCUCGCUACGCCUCUCACGCGGCGACGGCGACGGAGAGAUGUGCCGACAGCGGGUGGGCCCUGCGCCCGCGAUGACGCUGGAGGACUUUGCGAGGCAAGGGUCUGCCGAGCCUGGUGGGAUCGUGGACAUCCCGUAUGAGAGCAAUCUGCUGGUGAUGUGGCGUAGCCGUGGACUCUCCACCCAGCACCCGGCGUCCUAUGACGAGUUCCAGCGGCGUCCGGUGGAUCUUCUGCUGCUCUUCGGGCAGACGAAGGCUUCGGCGGACGCGGCGGGAGGCUUUGUGCCGUCCUUCGAAGGCAAAAGCGACACGUCGGGUGGCCACUACUAUGCUCAAGACCACGACCAUCGUUAGCAGCAUCACAUCUGAAGGCAUCAAGUGGACCGUGCGGACUGGUGCUGCUGGCUGCGCAGACAUGCCGAACUGCCAGGAUUCGAUGUGAGAUCCUUUGGGGGUCCAAGCAGCUUCGCCCUCCGACAUCCGCCCGACGCGUUGGAGCAGAGCAUGGCGGAUGGAUUUGUUCCACGAAUGCAGCGCGGGACGUGUUGGAUGC